AUGAGCACAGAACGCCCAUUCUCUGUUGAGAUUCCCAUUCGGCCACGAGAGCCGCGUCACCGCGAUGCCACCAUCGCCACGCAGGCCAAGAUCGAAGAGGCUAUUCACUCGCCAUUUGAACACCACUUUCGCCUAUCUCAACCCCAGCACCACUCAACAAGAUGUCCGGAGGGCUUGAAGAUCAUCUCGAGCGCGUUCCACAAGGGGAGUCGCGAUCGAUCGCCCACGUCGUCCACGAUGAGUUCGACCCAUGUGCCGGACUCUGCAACAACAUGCUCCAUGCCCAUGUCGCCCACAUCAUCGACGUUUACGCGAGCGACUACCCCGGAUCUUGACGGGCCCGAGCGCUUGCCCACCCCGUUCCUCGCGACGAGAUCCGGGUCCAGUGGGCACCGUGUCCGGGAGUCGUGCGAUUCCGGCUCGACUUUUGUGAAUUCAAUCAAUGAAGAAAGGUUUCCGGCGUAUCCGGACUCGUACCCAGAAUCCAUCGGCCUGGGACUCAAGGAGGAGAUGAUGCCGCCGCGUAUGGACAUCGAGGAACCAGAAGACGACAGCAACGACUCAUCAAAUGAGCUGCCUCACUCCGCCGGCACUCCAAGGCCGCCAAGCACCGAUGAGGCGCCCGAUUCACCCCGUGCGGAGCCUGUUCCGGAACGGCCGUUGAACGGGCGCUUGAGCUUUGACUCCGGCUCCGAACGCUUGUCGCGUGCCUGGGAACCCGUCACCCCCACACCAAUAGACUUCUCUAACGAGGAAGCCGACGCCGUCCUCAACUAUGUCCUGCAGGUAACGUACGGGGUCGAGCUGGACGAAGUCAACAUGCCACCGCCCUUCCUCCGCCAAUUCGUCUUCCGGUUCAUUCAGGACAUUGGCAGAGUCGCCUUCAGCGGCUUGCCGGUAACGCAGUUGACCCACACAACAUCAACGUCUUCCAACGGGUCGGUACCUUUGGCAAGGAGAUCCGGGUCCGGUCGAGGAUCCCAGAAUGGUAAACGCAAGAAGGGUGACAUAGGUCGCAUUGAUGGUGACGAAGACGGAGAUGACCUCACCGAUGAUGAUGGCGACUCGGGUGUCCCUUUCAAGAGGGCGAGACCCUCGCCACGGGAGGCCGACGAGAACUUGCGGCUUAGCUGCCCGUUCCGCAAGAGGAAUCCUCAUCGGUUUAACGUCAGAGAACACCAUUCUUGUGCGAUGACUUACUUUCCCAAGUUCGCCGAGUUGAGGCAACACAUUGUGAAGCAGCACAAGCGCAAUGAUCCUUCCGCCUUCAUGUGCGAUCGUUGCAACCGAGACUUUGCAAGCAAGAAGGAUCUCAGAGACCACCAGCGUCUGCCUAAAGAGCAGAUGUGCGACGUCGCUGACCACGACCCAGAGUCUGGUAUUGAUGGCCCUACGAUGACGAAGCUCCUCAGCAGGAAACGGGCUAGUGGCAUGACUCCCGAAGUUCAAUGGAAGGAGAUCUGGAAUCUCCUGUUCCCCGACGACGAUGACUACCGUGUCAAACCCUUUGACUUCUGCCCUGUCAUUGAGCACUUCGAGUUACAGACCCAGUUCAUGAACAGCCUCAAGAUUGUUGAGGGUAGCCUUCGCAACAAGGGACUGAACGAGCCCACGCUAGAGACGAUCGGCAACAUCUACCGGAACCAUUUCAUCCAGGUCAUCGAGCAUUGCAUUGCGAACGCCCAGAACAUGCCUUACUCCAACAGGAGUAACCGCAAAAAUGAGCCGUCGCCAUCGCGUCUCUUGGUUCCCCGCCAGAUGGCUCGCGCGCCCCGCCCUGACUCUGGUGUCGACGUUGACGACGGGUCUGAGGACAGUGGCUCGGUCGCGGUCUUCCCUGGAGGAGGAUUCGACGGCCAGGGCAUGCUGGGCCAUUCGGAUAGCGUAAGGACAGUGAGGAGAGUGUCAUCGACUUCGUCGGAGUUCAGGGGUUCCGUUCCGUCGCGCACCCUGCAGCCCCUGAUGGAGCAGCUCCCGGCUUCGGAUCUGUCUUGCGAUCUUGGAGGAAACUCCUUCCCUCAGCAGCAGUCGUCGCCGACACAGCAGCAGCAGUUGCCGCUGGAGCAGCAGAACCUGGAACAGAUGGCCUCCUUCAUGCCGAUAACUGGUGGUAUCACGCCAGAGAUGGCCGCACAGCUGUGGGGCUACCGGAGCAGCAAUGUCGCGCCAACACCGCCCCCUGGAGAUAUGGGCAUGUUUGUCCCAACUACGGAUGCGGCUGAACAGACUCAGUUCCUAGAAUGGAGCGCACUUCAGGACCAUAAUGGACUGUACGACUUCUCCGGAUAUUCCGUGCCGCGGUAA